GAUUUCGCUGCCAGUGCUGUUCCGUGUCGCAUUCAGCGGCACUGUGCCUGCUGAUAUCGAAAACAAGUAUAUCCCCGCCGACAAGGCCAACGGAGAGGAGCUAGUCAAGAGCCUGGUGAAGCGAUAUGUUGAGGUCGGCAACAGCGACGUCAAAACCGAGGGCUGGGUGCCCGAUCCGAGUGAGACAGCCAUCGAGACCUGUCUGAUGACAUACGAAAAGCCGCUGGGCUUCUCGAUCGGCCCGAAAUCGACAACCGUCGACGAUUCGUUUACGGUGACGCUGUGCGACUUUGACAAGGCGAUUGUGGUGGAGCAGGUGGUGAAGACGCCGAAUAUCCCAUCAGGCACAGCGUUCUUUGUGAAGAUCCGCCACUGCAUGACGUGGACGGCCGGGCCGUCCAACACGCCGCCCGGCGGGUGGACGCACUACCGGAUCACAUUUGAGCUCGAGUGGGUCAAGAGCUCGUGGAUCAAGAAUGCCAUCGAGAAGGGCUCGGUGGAUUCGAACAAGCAGGCGGCCGAGCAGAUCGAAAAGUACGUGCGCGAGUGGAUUGCCGCCCACCCGAGCAUGGAGAUCAAGGCAGCCACCAGCAUCUCCGCCAAACCCUCGAAGGCGUCGGCAGCAAAGUCCAGCAGGCACCGCAAGGGCACACGCCGGGCAAAGCGCGAGCAGAGCCCUGCCGGGCUGCGCAUGGAAGAGGUGCUCGGCGAGAAGGGCACCGGCAAGAAAUCGUCUGGAAAGCGCAGAGGACAAGUCCGAUGAGCGUGAGCUGCCUGCUAGUACCCUCCAUCAUCACGUGGCGGUGAGCUCGGUGCUCCCCCCGGACACACAGACAGCGUGCCAGUCAAGACCCAGGGCGGCGUGUGGGGUGCGCUGUUUGGCCCCAGCCGCGUGAGCGUCAGU